AUGUGGGCAUCAGCGAUGUUUGAAGAAGUACCGAACAAGGUUCCCUAUAACAACAUCAAUGGGACGGAGCCACCAAAGAGUGAUGUGAGGGGAUAUGAGCACAUGAUUGAGCUAUUCAAUGUCAUUGUUGCUGAGGUCGCCCCAACAUAUACGAUUUCAGUCAAGGGUUUGGGGCUCAUGGGUCUCCCUUUCCAGGCCAUCCUAGACUGGCCCAUGGGAACACCCAGCGGCCACGCCUUUUUCCUUGACGCUCAGGUUAACGCAAGGAUCAAGAAAAUACUUGAUACCUGGAGAGAUGAUGUUCUCAAGACGACAAAGUCUCGAAGCGUCAUCACAACAGCUCCAGGCCACUGGCUGUGUCCAGCAGCGCUGACUGCGAUUGAGAAGGACACCAACCUAGACCCCAACCGGUGGUAUUCGUUUCAGCAGCUUUUUGAAUGCGACCCUCAUGCUGACCCGAUAUAUUGGGGGUUCAAGUCAUGGGAUAGCUUUUUCGCUCGUCGAUUCAGAGAUAUUGAUAGGCUGCGCCCCAUCGGCUUUCCUGACCAGUCGGCGUGGGUUAUUAACUCGUGCGAAUCGAUGCCAGUGGCCAUCAAGUCUGACGUCAAAGAGGUCGACAAGUUCUGGCUAAAAGAGGUAGAUUACUCGGUUUCUGAAAUGUUGAAUCAUCAUGAAUGGGCCAAACACUUUGUGGGCGGUACCGUGCACCAGUCGGUGCUGCGAACAACGUCUUACCACCGCUGGAGUGCACCCGUGUCCGGCAGGGUCGUCCACGCUGCGGUCAUUGGCGGUACAUAUUUCUCGGAGCGAUCGACAAACGGACUGGAUAGCGACCCUCCGUUUCCACCAACGUACAAUCUAGUAUACAUGAGCCACCUCGCGACGCGGGCUCUCAUCUUUAUCCAGGGAGAUGACCCUAUAGGCCUGAUGUGUUUUGUCGCUAUUGGCAUCGCCGACGUGUCUACAUGCGAGAUUAGCCCGAAGUUCACCAAGAACUUGCCGCAGCGUAUCACUAAGGGAGAAGAGCUUGACGCACAGGGUAGAGCUAAUGGUGCUCCUGCGGAAAAGGCUAUAGGCGCAGAGCUCAUGCAUGAUGGCGCCUAG